ACCAGCCAAAUUAAAUUAAAUACGUUGACAGUUCACAGUUGUGAGAGCGAGAGGACUAAACCAGCGAUGGAAUAAGUGGUAGAUUGAUUUUAACCCUUCUCUUUUGUAGUGUUAGAUACGUAAAGAACUAAAAUUAAAAUAAAGCAACUCAUUUUAUAUUAUAGCGUCAUCUAGAAUGAAUGAUUCUGGAAACUCUGGUAGUCAGCCGUACUUUAUAAACCGUGCAUCAGCAGCUGGUAAGAAAAAACGAUUUCGUGAUCAUGAAGGUCGAAGCAUGGAAUACCAACAUGAUAGCCCCACUAAUUCUUAUGGAGCCAAUCGACCUGACACUCUACGUACUUCUAAAGACAGUGGAGACGAUCAAGAUAAAAGUAAUUUCCCCCUUUCUCAACCAAAUACAAAACCAGUAAUCCUGGCAAAGCCUGCUGGUAAGUCUUCACAAGGUUCAAAUUUAACUCCAGAUGGAGAAAAGACUUCUCCAUGGCAGGAAGUAUCUGCUAGCCCAUCUGGACCCAUUGCCCCAAAAUUGUCAAUGUCAUUCACUAAAUCGCCUUCAGUAGGUGAUAAAAAGAAUCUUUUUCGAACCUCCUCUGAUUCAAAGUUUAGGAACUCAGCGUCUUCUUAUCUUGUUAGGCAGGGCUUGGCACAGGCAGCUGCAUCUUCAAGUAAUGUACAAAACUUAAACGAAAACUCUGCUGCUAAGUCAAAAGAUCCAGGGUUUUGGAAGAGAUCAGUAAAACUGCUGGAUUCGUCCCUACACUGGCUUGAUGGUGGUAUUGAACUUUUACAGGACCAGCCCGAUUUUUUAGUUGUUGGAGUCAUUGGCAUGCAAGGUGUAGGAAAAUCCACGGUAAUGUCCUUAAUUGGAGGAAACAAACUAAGUGACUUAGAAAAAUAUUAUCUGUUUAAGCAGCAGACUUCUGAUAUAAAGGAAAGAGCAGAGCAUAUGACUACUGGAAUUGAUGUAGCUGUCACUGCAGAACGACUAAUAUUACUCGACACGCAGCCAAUUCUAAGCCCAUCGUUAAUUGAACAAUCUGUCCCAUUCGACAGGAAGAGCCCAACAGAUUACAAUGGUUCUGUAAACAUUGAAGUCCAAUCUUUACAAGUGACUGCAUUUUUACUCACUGUUUGUCAUGUUGUAAUCGUUGUACAAGAUUGGUUCACAGACAGUAAUGUAUACAGAUUCCUACAGACUGCCGAGAUGCUUAAACCGGUGACUCCACCCCCAACGCAUGACAGUGGUGGAGGGUCUGACUGUGACCCUUCAGAGCUCCAGCCUGUUGUUCUUUUUGUUCACAACAAACUCGAAAAUCAUUUGUUCUCAAUCCGAAGUAUAGCUGCCAUGAAUGAAGUGAUGUAUAAUUUGACCAAGUUCUCAAGCCUACACUGCCGUGGGACAUUGUCUCUCAUUGAAACAAACCUAUAUGCUGGUUUAGCUUCACUUGUACAUGGAGAAUCUGAGGUUAAUUCAUUCUUGCUUCCAGAUGUAAAUUAUACAGACGAAGAAGAGGAAAAGUAUGAUGUAACUAAACUAUCUCAUGACCCGUCAGACCGGCAGUUUCUAUCUCUCCCUAACUAUGUAGGUCGUCCAAACACGGUCAUGCUCACAGAAACCUUGCGUAAAAUGAUAUUAACAAUGCCGAGGCACCAACUUACACACCAUUCAUUAACUGAAAAGCAGUGGUUUCACUAUGCUGCAAGAACAUGGGAGGCUAUUCGUAAAUCUCAGUUGGUUUCGGAAUAUAAUCGACUUCUGUGUGGUUGAAAUAUUGUAAAUACUCUUGUGUUCUAUUUCUUUGUUUCUUUUUGUCAAGUAGUAAUUGUUAGUAUUUGUUACAUCAAUUACCACAUAUUACA